UGCGGGGGGCCAGGAUGAUGACGACUGUGGAUAAUAAUAAACGCAUCGCUCUAGCAGGAAAGCUGAUGAAUCCCCUUGUAGAGCCAUGGAGGAGCCCGAUCCGGAGAUCCACUAGCCGUGGGUCCAUUUUGGAAACAGUGAGCCCUGUUGAACGUUACAGCUGCCUUCAUGGACUUGCCUGAGAGUCCAUCUCCUGUGCUAACUCCAUGCAAUAAGACAUGAUUCGGAAAACUUCAGUAUUAAAAUGAAUUUGUCAGACAGAAUGACAGAUUUCGCAGACCAAUAUCGCUAUGAUUAUGUCAAUAGCACCUCUGUGACUCAUGUUGGCAACGGGACCUUUCGAGAUAUUCAGGAGAUUAUCCACACGGCUACACUGGUCACCUGUACCUUUCUGUUGGUCAUUAUUUUCUGCCUGGGCUCAUAUGGAAAUCUGGUGGUAUUCUUGUCAUUCUUUGACCCAGCUUUUCGGAAAUUCAGGACCAACUUUGACUUUAUGAUCCUGAAUCUAUCCUUCUGUGACCUCUUUAUUUGCUGCAUAUCUGCCCCAAUGUUUGCCUUUGUCUUGUUUUUUGACUCUGAAAGUAAUGUACCUGACGCAUUUUGCUUCACUUUCCAUCUCACUAGCUCUGGAUUUAUAAUUAUGUCUCUUAAGACAGUGGCCGUCAUUGCGCUUCACCGGCUAAGGAUGGUGCUAGGACAACAGCCCAAUAGGACAGCAUCUUUCCCUUGCACUUUAAUGCUAACUGUCCUUUUGUGGACUACAAGCUUUACUCUAGCCACAUUAGCCACGCUACGGACACGCAAGUCUCGGAUAUGCCUUCCCAUGUACAGCCUGAUUAGCGGUGAGGGCAAAGUUAUCCUAUACCUUUAUGUCAUUGACUUCACAUUUUGCGUUGCAGUGGUGUCCGUGUCUUACAUCAUGAUUGCUCAGGCAUUAAGGAAAAAUGCCCAGGUGAGAAAAUGCCCAAUCAUCACAGUAGACACAACUAGACCACCGAAUUUUAUUGGCCCUGGUGUGGAUGGGGUGCAGUGUUCAGUACCUGCUUUAUAUAGGAACCAGAAUUACAACAAACUCCAGCAUGUUCAGACUCAUGCCUACACCAAAAAACUGAGCCAAAUGCCAGUGCCAGCCAGCAGACUUCAGCUAGUCUCUGCGGUUAACCUCUCAACUGCAAAGGACUCCAAAGCGGUAGUAACGUGUGUCGUCAUUGUACUAUCUGUCCUUAUUUGCUGCCUACCGCUAGGCAUCUCCUUGGUCCAAGACGUUCUAACCAGCAACAGUAGCUUUAUCUUGUACCAGUUUGAACUUUGUGGAUUCACUCUGAUAUUUCUCAAAUCUGGAUUAAACCCUUUCAUCUACUCACGGAACAGUGCCGGACUGAGGAGACGGGUCCUCUGGUGCAUCCAGUAUGUGGCUCUGGGCUUUCUCUGUUGCAAACAGAAGACCAGAUUGCGUGCCAUUGGUAAAGGAAGCUUGGAAGUCAACAGGAACAAGUCUUCUCACCACGAAACCAAUUCAGCAUAUAUGUUAUCUCCAAAACCACAAAAGAAAUUUGUGGAUCAAGCUUGUGGACCAAGUCAUUCGAAAGAUAGCGUGCUAAGUCCCAAGGGAUCGGCUGGACAUCAACAUUAUGCACACAGCAGCUCAACUCCAAUUAACACCCGUAUAGAACCUUAUUAUAGCAUCUACAACAGCAGCCCCUCUCAAGAACUCAGCACUCCCAAUAGCCUACAACCGGUGAACUCUACAUUUGGCUUUGCCAAAUCAUAUAUUGCCAUGCAUUAUCACACUACCAAUGACUUAAUGCAAGACUGUGAGAGCACUUCAGCGAAGCAGAUCCCAGUGCCAUCUGUGUAACAUUGACUAAUAUGCAUCUUGUAAACAACAUUUAUUAAAUGUGUUAUAUACUUGCCAUAACAAUGAUUAUAACAUACACACACAUACACGUAUAAUACAUACAUAUAAUGUAUGUAUACAUAUUUUUGCAUAUAACUUUAUUAAACAAUGUAACAUAUGUUAAUAACAGGAAAAAAAAGAUUUUUUUUAAAAGCUUGCAUUCUAAAAUUGUAAUAUUGCAUCAUUGUUACAUUUUGUACUUAUAUUUUAAUCUAGGCACUGUACACUAUGUUCAGUAUGUUUUUUUUUUUUGUGAUAGAGCAUCUAAGGGAAAUGUAAUUAACACUCUUAAAAUCUUUUUUUUUUUUAAGACUAUUUUCACGACUAUGAAACUGAUACACAUUAUAAUAUAGACGUUCCGGUGAUUUACAAAGGAGUAUUGUGUGUUGGCAGUACGGGACAUAUGUAGUGGGGGUACAUCGUAGGAUUUGUAUAUAGAAUACAAAUUAUUCUGAAAUGCAUAAACAGCCAAUCUCAGUUUUGACCGAAAAUGUGCUUAAAUGGAGAUUAUGCGUAAUAUAGGACACUAAAUACAUUCAAUAUACAGACUUUUUAAGUUAUAGUUAGCUAUGUUUAGAGUAAAACUGAAGUAAAAAAUAUCGUUUAGAACUUAAACUGUUCCUUAAUCACCAUGGUCCUAUGCAAUACAUAGGUUACUGUUUAAAUUUGUAGGAUUGCAGGAGUUUUUCACUGCACCCCAAAAAAUAAAUGUGUGCAGUACAUGCAGCUAGGAAGCACAGGAAGAUCACUUUCUGUGACUAACAGUGGGCUGUGUCUCCAAAUUUGUCAAACUUGUUGCUUUGAAUUCCAUAACUACAGCUGAAUGUGUACCGUUUGGUUAUGUUAAAGUUUUGUCGUGGAGAGGAUGGGUGACCGCGGCUUAUGACUGUCUCAUAAAGAUGGCUACCAUUUCGCCAAGCAUUUCACGGUCAUUUCACAUGUCAUGUGUCCUUAAGGGGUUAAUCAUUAGAAAGCUGCCGUUCCAGUGGUAACCUCUUUAUGUUCUCGUCCUGAGCGUGGCUAUUUUAAUGGAUCCAUGACCACUUAAAAACACUGAAGUGGUUAUGGAGACUUGUUUUCACAUGACCACCAAUCCUCUUUAGUCAAUAAGAUACCACCAGGUACCUGAAUGGAGCUUUAUCCUUCUUCUGUGGAGGUUCAUUGAACCAUUACCACUUAAAAACACUGAAGUGGUUAUGGUGCUUGGAGUAACCCUUCAAAUUUCAUGGAGAGUUAACAUCACAUGACCACCAAUCCGCUUUAGUCAUAAGGUGCCAUGCAAAGUUUGAAAAAUGGGAUGCCAUAUUACAAAUGGCUGCCUACACACAGCAAAUGUAUCAGAUCUUAAAGUUGCAGUCACAUUUAAUAUUACUAUGGCUUGAUUAGAUAACAGUAUUAUUAAUCUACGGUGAAUAUUGUUUUACAGUCAUUUUCUUUAAGGGGAUUUCAGGUGACAGAGCCAAUUUGAAGGCUUUGUCAAUCGAAAUAAAUUGUGUUGUGUUAUCUUUUUUCUUUAAAAAGAAUAAGAAUUGAAUAACCUUAACACUUGGGCGUUUCAAGCGCUGCCAUUUUAAACUGAAUUUAUAGUAACGUUUUACUUGUUAUGCCAUUAAAUCUGCCACCUGUCAUUGUGGCCCAACUCUGCUGAGAUCUGCUUAGAUCUUCCUUUUCAAAUUAGCUUAAAACCAGAGGUUCCUCAUUUUUUUAUGGGCAGGGACUCAAAUUACACAAAAUUACACAAAGUAAGGUGGGUUAGCCAUUAUUCAGGAGCUUAUUCACUAAAUUGAGAAAUGUUAGGAAUUCAAAGCGACUUGUUCAGCUACUUUGGCCUUAAAUUUUAAAAUUAAUUUUGAUUUCACUUUGAUUUACAAACAUUUAAAAAAAAUUUUUUAGCGAAUAACCCUGUCAAUAGUAAAAUUACUUA